AGCCGGUGUAUUGAUUGAUAAAAAUUGAUACAUACAGUAUAUAUGGAUUCAAUUGUAGCUACAACUGAUGAAUAUUUUUUUUUCGUUUCGUAUGUCAAUCUGUCCAUCUGUGUGUAUUAUGAAUUGAAUUUACACAACACACGCACACGUUUUGGAUUGACGAGUUCAUUUUGUUGUUUUUGUUGUUGUUGUUGUUGUUGUUGUUGAUGAAUAUUUUUGAUCAACGAUGAUGACGACGAAGUUCUUUUAGUUUUUCUUUCAUUUUUUUUUUUUUUGGUGAUAAAUAACCGUAUGUGGAUGUAAUAAUAUUCAUAAUUUCAUCUUGUUUGACAAAAAAAAAAAAAAUUGUCAACCACCACCUGGAUAAUUCGAAUUUCAAUUUUUCUUUUCUUUUUUGUUUGCAAUAAUUUCAUCUUAAACACGCAAUUGCUGAACUUUUCAUUGAAAAAUAGGAAAAAAAAAAUUUCGUUUGAAUUUCAUCGAAUUUGAAAAAAAAACAUACAAAAUUCCAAAUAAUGAUGGCUGAUGGAGCCGAAGAAGGGAAAAUUUUUGUCGGUGGUCUUAGCUGGGAAACAAAUGAAGAUAAAUUACGUGAUUAUUUUACCGAAUUCGGUGAUGUAACCGAAUGUUUAAUAAUGAAAAAUCCAGAAACGGGUAAAUCACGUGGUUUCGGUUUCGUUACAUUUAUGGAUCCAAAUUCCGUAAGAAAAGUACUAAAUGUACAGAAUCAUCAGCUUGAUGGACGAACAAUCGACCCGAAAGAAUGUAAUCUACGUACGGCGGCCAAAUCACGAAAAGAAUAUAGACAUACAAAUUUUUCGAAAAUUUUUCUCGGUGGUUUACCGCCAAAUAUAACUGAAACAAGACUGAAAGAAUUUUUCUCCAAAUAUGGAAAUGUAACUGAAGCAAUAAUAAUGUUUGACCAGGAAAAGAAAAAAUCACGAGGUGGAAGUAAAACGUGCCGAACCACAGCAUAAUAAAUCUGGUACUCCUCUACCUACGAAUGGUAAUAUACAACAUCAUCAUCAUCAUCAUGGUAUGAUGAUGGGUAGUAGUAGUGGUGGUAUUGGUG